AGCCUUUUGUGCCCCUCACACACCGGAGCGGACCGGACCGGACCAUGGCGGGUGCUCCUCCAGGACGUCGGUCGGAGCCGGUGGAAUACAACACACGGGAUUUGAUCAUCUACGCCUUGGGCAUUGGAUCGCGAGACCUGCGCUACGUCUACGAGAAGGAUCCCAACUUUGCAGCAUUUCCAACUUUUCCGGUGGCUCUCUACUACAAAGGCAGCUCCUAUGAUGUGUUGCCCUUUCCAUCGCCUAUCCUGGAGGCCUUUCCAGUGCCCGCGGUCAGCGGUGUCAAGGUUUGGCUCGACGCCGGGAUUACCAUCGAGCGCUGCCGCCCGCUGCCGGCGGGUGGGCGCUUCACGCUGGAGGGUGGCGUGGCCUCGCUGCAGCCGAAGGGCAAAGGAGCGCUCAUGGAGAAGCUCUACGACGUCAAGGACGACAGCGGGGCCGUCUACUACCGCAUGGUGGAUGUCUCCUAUCUGGUGGGCGCGCACGACAUCGAAGCCUUCGGCGAGACGUUGACCAAGCCGAAAGAUGUGGCGAAGGCUGUGGGCUCACGAGCGCCCAAACUGCGGGUGGAGGAGAAGAUGGAGGCGGGCAUUGCCAGCAUCUAUCGACUCAGCGGGGAUUAUAACCCUUUGCAUGUGGAUCCAGGUUAUGCGAAGACCGCUGGCUACGACCAUCCGAUCGUCCACGGCAAAUGUGCGCUGAAAAAGAGUACCUUGGGCCAUGCUGCGCGGAUGCUGAUGGACGGUCUUGCAGGUGGCGACCAACGGCGUUUUAAGUCACUGCAGCUGCGCUAUGCGGCGCCGGUGCUCGCGGGGCAAACUUUAAUCCUGGAGGCCUGGGAAGCCCCCGACGCACCGGAAGAGCCUCUCGGGCCGCGUGUGGGGUGCGGUGUGGGGUGCGAGGGUGCCGGGAUGGAGGCAGUGACUCGUGCGCGGGGAUGCAAGACUUGGGAGAUUGGAUGGUGA